AUAUAUAAAUUAUAUACAUAUAUCCUUCAACAGAUUUGAACAAUAUACAAUACAAAUAAACUGUAUUCAGAAAUAUGGCUGACACUUAUAAUUCUCAUUCACUCGUCGUUCGUUUGCCAAAGAGCAAAUCUGGCUCCACUCGGUCGAACGAUCAGGACAUUCAUUACUUCUCAGAGUUGACAAACGAACUUUUUACGGACACACUAUAUUUUGAGGGCCUGAUCACCUCAGCUAGUGAAUCGGAUUUUCGGAUUUUAUUGGACCAUUAUCACCCCAUAGAGAUUACCUUUGCACGCGAUCAUUGUAGUGGCUUUUUGCGUCUUAGUGACCCCCAAUCAGCCGACAGAUUGUAUGCAGUCUGCAAUGGCUAUACUUUCAGUGAUGGGUCUAAACUUCAAUUUCGUCUUAACCGGGAUAAGUAUAAUGAUCCUGCUCCCCAGGGUGAUCUCUUGCAGGUAAAAGGUCUUCCUAACAACAUAGACGACGACGGUCUCUAUGAGUUGUUCCGUCCUUUUGGUCCUCUCAGUGUCUGCAAACCUAUUGUGGAAAACAACAUUUUCCGAGGCGCUGCGUUGAUUGAAUAUUUCUUUCAUGAAAGUUCGGAAAACGCCCAGCACCAUUUGCAUGGAAAGUCGUUGUACGCUAGUGGCAAUAUAAUAACCAUCACCCCUUUGGCAACCAUGAAGACCAACUCAAAGCCACUUUCGUCCUUUGAUUUUAGAUCAAAUAACAACAGCAGUAACAGCAGCAGUAACAAUAGCAGUAGUAAUAAUAAUAACAUUGGGGAAAAGUCAGAAUCAAGCCACGUCGAUUACAUGAACCUCUAUAUUAAGAACCUUGAUCCCUCAAUCACAAGUGAAAACCUCAAGGAGCUUUUUGGCAAGUAUGGUCACAUUGUGUCUGCCAGAGUCAUGAGCAAUCCUUCUACUCGUCAAUCAAAGGGAUAUGGCUUUGUCAGUUAUGGAAAGGCAGAUGAGGCUAGUGCUGCACUUCAUGACAUGAACAACGUCAUGGUUGGCUCAAAGGCUCUGAUUGUUGCCUACCACGAGCCCAAAAGACCACGCCAGGAGAAAUCAAUGACCGGUGGUGGUAAUAAUGGCAACAGUAAUGGUAGUGGAGGAGCAGGAGGUGGAUCCUCCCCCAAUCAUAAUUUGAUGUCCUACAACACAAAUACCCUCCAAUCAAAUCAACCCCAAGAAUACCCAUCUUAUACACCAUCCCAUAUGCCUGAGCCUGUAUACUAUACAUCGGACAACAGACAUCCUCAUGAUAUGAUAAUGCAAUCAUCAAUUCACAUGUCUUCCCCUGUCAGUGGGCUUGGUAUCGAUAAUGUGGAUCAACUAGCAUCAAAUAUCAAGGAUCUUUCAAUAGGACAACGUCAUCAGCCCAUGUCUAUGCCUGUGCCUCAUCCCACUCAAAGAAAGCCCUCUCUUGCUGAUUUACCCUAUGGACAUUCUCCUCAUUCUGCUGUCCGCCUCUCACCUCAGUUCCCAUCUCCUCCUAUUUCUGGUACCAGCACUGGUGGCGGUCCUUCCUUGGCUUCCCUUGCUUCGGGAAUUUCUGUCCAGCAACCACCUACCAUGCCACACCAUCACCAACAACACCAGCAGCAGGACUUUAAGAAACAGCCCGAAGGAAAACCCAGUUUAAGGCGCAGGGGGUCACUUGAGUCUAUCUGCUCUGUUAUGACCGAGACUUCUUCAAAUGUACAGCACCAGAAGAUGACAAACGCAGUCAUGCAUUGUGGCUCUUAUGGAAAAAGCUUGCCGGAUAUUGUCGACAUGCUCCUCACUCUGAAACGUAAAGAGAGAACUCUGUGUCUGUUCAACCCAGACUUCUUGCAGGAGAAGAUUGGUUUGGCACUUGAGGCAUUAGAUGUGUUUAGUGAAGACUUUGACACAGAUGAAGAAGAUGUACCACCAAUGCCUACAAGAAAACACCCAGGAUCACCUUUAUUGGCAGAGGUUUCUUCGGCCAUGUUUAUUAGCCGAUCGACGAAGAAUCUGAAUACAAUCCCUAAUGCAGAAGAGGCUGCUCUUAUCCAAUUUAGUCCACCUUCUCGCAAUCACAUUCCCGUAGAAAUUGCGACGGCACCUAGUGAAGAGAACGGCGAGGAAGCCACACUGAAACUUUUGGAAUCAUUGGAAGGUAGACCAUCCCAAGAAAAGAAGCAAUUGUUGGGAGAUAGACUGUUCCCUCUGGUUAAGGCUACAGGCGCAAAACAUGCCCCCAAGAUUACCAUUAGAUUGCUUGAUACCAUUGAGAUAACCGAAUUGGCUCAUCUUAUGUACGACAAAGAAGCUUUGAAGCAGCGUGUUGAAGUUGCUGCAGCAAAUUUGAAAUAAGGGCUAUUUGCUCUUCUUCUUUAUUGUUGACAUUGGAUAGAGACAGAGAUAGAGAUCUAAGAAAAAAAUCUCCCCUCGAUACUUUAUUAUUCAUACACAAGUUAUUUAUCUUUCUCUUUCUCUCAUCUACUCUUUCACCUACUUCCUCAAUCACUUCCUUACUUACCCCACCCAUUUACUCACUUACCCACUCACAUACGAAUUUCACCCAUUAACCUAUUCACCUAUUCACCUACACAAACACAGAUACUUCGUUCCGUUUCCUUUUAUAUUAUUAAUAUUAUCUAUCAAACAACUGUUUCCUUUUUUUUUAACC